AUGUCGAACCAGGCGGUGGGAAACGUCUACCAGUCCAUAAUUGACGAGGUGGUCAACACUUCCCGUGUUGACUUUGAGGAGAGUGGUGUGGAGGAUGCCGUGCUAGAGGAGCUGCGCCAGGGCUGGCAACAAAAGCUCUCCCAACUGGGCGUCGCACGAUUCCCGUGGGACCCCAAGCCCGACCCCCCGGCACCGCCGCCCCAAGCUCCCGAGCCGGUGCCUCAGCAGGUGGCUGUCGAGGAGUCGGUGCCUCAGCCGAACAACAACGCACAGGCGCAGUUUCCGCCGCAACUGCCGAUCCCCACAGGCGGCGCGGCACCGCAGCAGCAGAACGGCGGCGUCAAGCAGGAGGCUGGCGAAGCGGAUCCCGGGGCCGCAGCUCACAUCAAGCAAGAACCCGGCACGGCGGGCGGUCAGAUGCCCCCGCCCAUGAACUUCAAUUCCCUGGAUGGCGGGAAGAACAAUGUGGCGGCGAGCCGUGCGGCCCAGCUUGUGCAGAAGCAGUACGGGGAGAGGGCCGUGGGGUCCAUCAAUGCUAUCCAGGCCGGUCAGCAGCAGCAGCAGCAGCAGCAGCAGCAGCAGUCACAGCAGACGCCAGAAGCCAUGCAGCAAGCUUACCGUCAACAGAUGGCUGCUGCCACUGCCCAACAGCAGCAGGGUGCAGCGAACGGACAGCAGCAGCCGCACGCCUCUCAGACGGAUGGCGCCGGCGACGACGACGACGACGACGACGACAACUUUGAGGGUGUCCUGGUCGAGAGGAACGCCAGCGGUGAUGUGCAGGAGCUUGGGCGCGUCGAGAUUGACAAGAUGCUGCACGACCGGAUUGCCGCCAGGGCGAAGAGCAUGGAGGGCGGAGGCCUCAUGGUCCCCUUGAAGGAGGCGACGCGUCACAGGACGGCGACGAGCAACAGGAGCAAAGGCAAGGGUAUCGCCGGACACGACGGCGGCGACGACGAUGACGAGCCCGUCGAGGCGGAUGAGGACGCCAUCAACUCUGAUCUGGAUGAUCCGGACGAGGACAGGUCCGAGGACGAGGUUGACGACGAGGGCCUGGGUCACAUAAUGCUCUGCAUGUACGACAAGGUGCAGCGAGUCAAGAACAAGUGGAAGUGUACCCUCAAGGACGGUGUCCUGACAGUCAACGGAAAGGAAUACGUCUUCCAUAAGGCCACUGGUGAAUACGAGUGGUGA